UCGCUAUUCGAAUCCUGUGCCGUGAAUGCCUCGUCCAUUCAUCCAUUCAUGGAUGACAUACUUUUCUCCCCACGCUUAAUAAACCAGAUACCUCGUUUGUGUUUCAUUGUUGAGUUUUUGAAUAAAUACUGUCUUCUGACAAACAAUUAAGGAACCAUCUCAACAUCCUAUAUAUUUUGUUGUCACUAAAUUAUACCGGAGAGGAGCGACAAAAUUCAAACAAAGCGAAAGCAUGGCAUUUAUUUCCAUUUCGGAUCUGUGGAACGAAUGGAACAUUCGCGGCUUCGUCAUAUUGAGUCUCUUACUUCAAGUCUUUCUUAUUCUAUUUGCACCUCUUCGAAAAAAAAUAGUCAACGACCGCAUGGUUUUCCUCUUGUGGUUGGCCUAUUUGAUGGCUGACUGGGUAGCUACAUUUGCUAUCGGGCUCAUCUCUCACAACCAAGCCAAUUCAUCCACUUGUGGAACUGAAGUAAAUGGAGCAAUUCAAGCAUUUUGGACCUCAUUUCUCUUGUUACAUCUUGGCGGUCAGGACACCAUCACUGCCUUCUCUCUAGAGGACAGUUCGCUUUGGCAACGGCACUUGCUCAGUCUUAUCUUCCAAGUUAGUGCCGCCAUCUAUGUCUUCGUGCAAAUAUUUUUCAAUGACAAGUGGUUGGUGAUCCCAACGAUGCUAGUGUUUCUUGUCGGGGUCAUAAAAAAUGUUGAGAGGACACUAGCACUUUAUCUCUCGAGUUUCCCAAGGCUUAGGGAAUCAAUGGGUGCAUAUCUUUCUGAUGUGAAACUUUCUGAUGCGAAAAAAACGUUGUUGCAUGGAGAAUUCCAUGUUCCAGGGGAUGGAUAUGAUGAUGAAAAAGAAGCAAAGCUUGUUGAAAGCAUUGUGGUAAAGCAUGCUUACCAAUUCUUUCAAAUCAUGAAGGUCUUCCUCGCAGAUCUCAUGUUCACAUCGGAACAACGCGAUGCAAGCCUAGAAUAUUUCCAUAAAGUUUCUCCGCUAGAUGCGUUGAGGGUGAUAUCAGUCGAACUCCAGUUCAUGUAUGAGGUGCUCCACACAAAAGUGUUGGCAAUACGUUCCAAAUGGAGCUACAUUUUCCGCUUCGUAGCCUUAAAUGUCCUUGCAGUGGCUUUCAUCCUGUUCAAUCGCUUGAAUAAGCAUCGGCUCCCCGAACUCGAUAUAAACAUUACUUAUUCCCUUCUUUUCGGAGGGAUUGCUCUUGAUGUGAUAGCUCUUUUCAUGCUUGUUUUCUCCAAUUGGACUAUUGCCGAAAUCAAGCUCCUCAACACUUCUUCAUCUAAACUAGUUUCAUUUCUCCACAAGUUGGUAUCUGCCACUGAUUAUAUGAGGAAGGCCCGAUUCGCUACAUGUGAAGUAGAGCCUAAUGCCAACGAUACUUACGAGUUCUUAGAUACACCAUUAAUGUUUCGGAGGUGGUCAGAAUCCAUCUCUGCUCGUAACCUUUUCUCCGAGUUACGGGAGGAGAGUCCAAGAAAGAUGUAUAAGUGCGAUCGGGGCUUGGGCAUCAUUGCUUUUUCUAAUAUUUGCAGCUUUCCAUUCCGUAUGGCUGGAAAGAUCGUCUCUUCUUUCUAUCAAGCUUGUGAGACAAUUGUUGGAGGCCGUUGUCCGAGGAACACAUCAUUGAUUGCGCAUACAAAGCACGUGUCCAAGAAUCCCUUUAUUAAGGAGCUAUGGAUCUUUAUCUUUAAAGAGGUGAAACGUAAAUCCGAGAAAUAUGGUGCUACAAACGUGAGAAAGAUAUAUGAGGCUAGAGGUGAUAUGUUUCUCGAGUGUGGACCAGGGGAGACCGAUUGCAGCAAUCUUUUAAAGUAUGUCACUGGAGCUAAUUACGACUCGGGUAUUAUAUGUUGGCAUAUUGCCACUGAAUUGUGGUACAACAAAGAGGAACCCACAGAAAAAAACGAGGAAAGGGAAUUCAGCAAGAUCCUCUCCGACUACAUGUUGUAUCUUUUACUUAACAAGCCUAAUGUGAUGUCCGGUGUGGCGGGCAAUGCUCAAUUCACAUCGAGCAAGACAUUGGAGAUACUGCGUGACCAAAUCGGAGAAACCAAGGAUGUGAAGGGGCAAUGCAUCGACUUGUUCAAGGAUCCUUCGGAAUUAGAGCUUGAUGAGCGAAGCUCGCGAUCUCCGCUCGCCGAGGGGUUCAAAUUGGCCCACGAGAUGGAAAGGCUUGGGGAAAUGAAGUGGAAGGUGAUGAGUGGAGUGUGGGUUGAGAUGCUGACAUAUGCAGCAGGUCAAAUUAGGGGAGAGGCGCAUGCGCGGGUGCUGAGCAAAGGUGGAGAGCUUCUUGCUUUCGUUUGGCUGUUGUUGGCUCAUUUCGGUUGCUUCUUCAAGCCUCCAUGGGGCAUGUACUAUUAACGCCACGGGCACCUCUAGCUCGGUAUAGAUCCUUAAUCUUCUAAAUUCCAAGCCUUCGUUAGCGAAUUCGGGAUUGAUUCAAUCGAUUCCUAUUUCUUGUGUGUCUAUACUUAAAAUGGUGUGCAUUUCCGUUGUAUUC